CACAUUGGAAGCAGAGAGAGAUAGAGGAAUAAAGCAGAGAGAGAUGAAAGCAAGAAAAGGAGAGCUUGUAGAGAGAGAAAGCCUGCCCAUGUCCUCUGCUACUGCUGCUAUAUAAGACCCGCACGCCUCUGCUUCACAAGCCUCCAUCCUGGCCUCAUGCUUCGGUCCACGCACCCACCCAGCCCCACCGGCGGCUCGGGGGCGCCGGCGUCCAGCUCCGACAAGAAGAUGGUCGGCGGCGGCGCGGCGGGCAGCGGGGCGCCGAGCGGGACGAAGCUGCUGCAGAUCCUGAACGUGCGGGUGGUGGGCAACGGCGAGCGUGUGGUGGUGCUGUCGCACGGCUUCGGGACGGACCAGUCGGCGUGGAGCCGCGUGCUGCCGUACCUGACCCGCGACCACCGCGUGGUGCUCUACGACCUCGUCUGCGCCGGCAGCGUCAACCCGGAGCACUUCGACUUCCGCCGCUACGACACCCUCGACUCGUACGUGGACGACCUCCUCGCCAUCAUCGACGCGCUCCGCAUCCCGCGCUGCGCCUUCGUCGGCCACUCGGUGUCCGCCAUGAUCGGCAUCCUCGCCUCCAUCCGCCGCCCCGAGCUCUUCGCCAAGCUCGUCCUCAUCGGCGCCUCCCCCAGGUUCUUGAACGACCGGGACAACGACUACCACGGCGGGUUCGAGCUUCCGGAGAUCCAGCAGGUGUUCGACGCGAUGGCGGCCAACUACUCCGCGUGGGCGACCGGGUACGCGCCGCUGGCGGUGGGCGCGGACGUGCCCGCGGCGGUGCAGGAGUUCAGCCGGACGCUGUUCAACAUGCGGCCCGACAUCUCCCUCCACGUAUGCCGCACAGUAUUCAACACGGACCUCCGCGGCGUGCUGGGCAUGGUGCGCGCCCCCUGCGUGGUGGUGCAGACCACCCGCGACGUCUCCGUGCCGGCCUCCGUCGCCACCUACCUCAAGGCCCAUCUCGGCGGGCGCACCACCGUCGAAUUCCUCCAGACCGAGGGCCACCUCCCCCACCUGAGCGCCCCCGGCCUCCUCGCCCAUGUGCUCCGCCGCGCGCUCGCCCGGUACUAGCGAGUUAGCAACACCCGGGCGGGCCUCAUCGCCAUUUCCACCGCCUCGAUUCUACUCGUCCCAAGAAUCAAAAAUGGCGCGACUCGUGCCCUGGCUGUGUGCCAACAAUGUAGUAUUUUGGUACUGGUACCCGAUUUUUUUAACUUUUUACUGUACUGGAGUAGUACUUGCCUCGCGUCUUUGCCGGUCCUGCACCUGCGCCGAUGGACGGAUAGGUGGGCCUGCACGCGCCACGUGGCGAGUACUAGAGACGGUGCGCUGGUUUGUUUUGGCUGUGGUUUUAGAGUUUUUGUCGCGGUUGAAUUUUAGUAUUUGAUUUUUAUAAUAAAAUUUUAGUUUUUUA